UUAAGUUGACCAGUCUGUAAAAAAACCGCGGACAAACCACAAGAAGGAAGCUAAACAAUCAGUACCACUUCUACAGACGCGAUCUUCAUCCUUCACAUAUGCAGCAUAACGAACUGAAGAUCACAGAUCUAGCUCUGUGUGAUUUGUACGCUCACCUGCUAAACUGAAAGCUAGUAUCCAAGACAAAGCCAUAAUUUCAGGCAACUCACUUCCACUUCACCAGUGUUUGCUGUUUGGGUUCGUAGCGAAGUACGAAGUCAAAACGCUAAAUACGUCAUACGCAAACGGGACUCUUCUUGUCACCGUGGAAUCACAAUUCCUUUGAUAUAAAGCGUAAUGCGUCUUUGUUGUCUUCUGCUUCCUCGAUCUACAACGGAAUAUUCAAUCAGAUGCGCAUCGUUUUAAAGAAAGGAAUUGACUUGAUUGUUAAGACUAUAGAUACAAAGAUAUUUCCGUGAUGGUUGCUAAGUCGGCUCACACGUAACACAAAUUUCUGCUUGGAGUUUUGCCAAACAGUUUCACAGUCUGUUUAUUCAAUCCCCUAGGCAUGGCAUAAUGCAUCACUCGUACAAUUUACGGUAUAAAAGAACUAAAGUUCCUGUUUUCGCUGCUGUUCCUCUCGGCCCUUACAAAAACAACUUUGAUGUCAUUGAAUUAAAGCUUUUUCCCUUCAGUGAGAGAUUGGGAAGGAUUUAAUCCUCACUAAAUACACUACUUGUCCGCGAUUUUCGCCGAAAGCUUGUUUGAAUUGCGCCUUAGGCUCGUUUGUAUGUUCUACAUGCCAAAGAAAGCUUUCUGGUUUAGGACCGUGCCAAGAUUUUCUAACAUUGAGCUUUUCACGGCUGUAAGUGCAGCCACUUUGUGGCUUUAUAUACUGCUUACCUUUACUGGGUCAGGCUCCGAGUUGGACUUUCAACUUCUAGGUAGAGAAGUUUUCUUUGUGAUAGUGGACGUCAUGAAAUAUGUUUGGACGAGUUCCCUGGUAACCACUUUCAUGUUAACAUGGCGAAGAAACAACGCGUGAUCAUCACUGGAGCUUCUGGUCUCCUUGGUCGGGCAAUCAUGAAGGAAUUCCUUAACUCCGACAAAUGGGAAGUGUUAGGACUAGCUCAUUCUCGAGCUAAGAACGUUCUAAGAAAGGUUGAUCUCCUUGAUUUUGACGAAAGUAAACGAGUCGUAAAGGAGUUCAAACCUCAUGUUUUGAUUCACUCUGCGGCCGAAAGAAGACCAGACAUUGUAGAGAAUGACGAGAGAACGUGCACAAAAAUGAAUGUCGGUGUAACCAAAGCACUGGUAGAAGCCAUUAAUGAGCUCAACAGUGACAGGGAGACUCCAGACCACUUCAUGGUUUAUAUAAGUACAGAUUAUGUGUUCGAUGGAACAAGUCCUCCGUACAAACCGCUGGACGAACCUAACCCUUUGAACAAGUAUGGAAAAAGCAAGCUGGAGGGAGAACAGGUUAUGCAUCACAGUGAAGGAGCGAUUCUUCGGGUUCCCAUCUUGUACGGGGAUGUGGAAUAUCUUAAGGAAAGCGCUGUAACGGUGUUAUUUGAUGCGGUCAAGCAGACGGAUAAACCUGCCGUAAUAGACGAUUAUCAAAUCCGUUAUCCAACCCUGGUGGACGAUGUUGCUGCUGUGUGCAAAUUUAUUGCAGAAAAGCACGUCAGUGAUCAUACAAUGACUGGAAUUUGGCAUUGGAGUGGCAUUGAAGCCAUGUCAAAAUAUUCCAUGGCUUGUCAAAUGGCUGAAAGUUUUAAUUUACCUAUCAGUCACUUGACACCAAAUCCCAACCCUCCCACAGGGACACCAAGGCCUCAUAAUACAGCCCUUGAGUGUUCGAAACUGGAGGCUAUGAUGCAAGAUAGUGGAACGAGCAUGCGCACUCCGUUUAAGCAAGGAAUGACACGAUGUUUGCAACCAUUUGUGUAACCCUUGAAAGCUGGGGGCAAUUUUGAAAGGGAAAAAAGAUAUAUGUAAUAUGAAGAGAGUACAACGGUGAUAAUAAACCUUACUAAAGCAAAGAGACAAAUAAAUGGACGAGAAUUUCGAGA